AGACAAGAUACUCAAGACCUCUUCUACCAUGGAUAUGACAACUACCUUGCCCAUGCCUUUCCCGAGGACGAAUUGCGGCCGAUAGCCUGCAAGCCGCAGACCCGAAACCGCGACAAUCCGGCCGACAUUGGUUUGAAUGAUGUGCUGGGAAACUACAGUUUGACCUUGAUCGAUUCGCUAUCGACCCUGGCAAUCUUGGCCUCAGAGCGGGAAGAGGGGAGACAAGACAAGCGACAACCAUUGCGAGACUUCCAAGAUGGUAUACAGAGUCUGGUUGAAUUAUAUGGCGGCGGGACCGACAGCACGAGAUGCGGUACAAGAGCUUGCGGAUUCGAUCUGGACAGCAAGGUGCAGGUGUUCGAGACGAAUAUCCGUGGUGUGGGAGGACUGCUGUCGGCACAUCUUUUCGCCAUUGGAGAGCUGCCAAUUCGUGGUUACAGUCCAGUCUGGAAGAAAGGCAAGAAUCCCGGCAUCCGAUGGAGGAACGGCUUGGUCUACAAUGGACAACUCCUGAACCUGGCCCACGAUCUUGCGUCGAGACUCCUUCCAGCAUUCAGCACAUCGACAGACAUUCCCUAUCCGAGAGUCAACCUCCGCACCGGUAUUCCAUUCUACCUCGAUACCGAAGGGUUCUGCCGGGCUGAUGGCUCUCAAUCAGAACCUCGCGAGAUUACGGAGAACUGUGCCGCGGGUGCUGGCAGUCUAGUCCUAGAGUUCUCAACCCUCAGUCGACUCACCGGUGACAUGCGAUUCGAAAAUCUUGGCAAGCGUGCUUUCUGGGCUAUAUGGAAACGUCGUUCUGCGAUCGGUCUGAUCGGGAAUGGUAUCGACGCGGAGAGUGGACUUUGGACCAACCCCCCACUCGCUGGGAUCGGAGCCGGCAUCGAUUCGUUCUUUGAGUACUCGCUCAAAUCUCACAUCUUGCUCAGCAAUCUUCCGUACGACCCAGCCAAUUCCUCGAUCGACUCGCCGGACAACUUUCUUCGAGUGUGGGAAGGUGCUCAUGCUGCUGUGAAGAGACACAUCUACCGAAAGAGCCAUCAUGACAAGUAUCCCUACUAUGCUCAAGUCGACGCGAUGAAUGGAGCUCCAAGAUACAACUGGGUGGACAAUCUGUCUGCUUACUAUCCUGGUCUCCUUGUUCUUGCUGGAAAGCUUGAUGAAGCCAUCGAGUCUCAUCUCUUGUUCAGUGCUCUAUGGACAAGGUACAGUGCGCUUCCUGAAAGAUGGCAUGUUCCCAAUGCCUACAUCGAUCCUCACUUCCGACAUUGGGCUGGGCGACCGGAAUUUAUUGAGAGCACAUUUCAUCUCUUCCAGGCCACUAAGGAUCCAUACUAUUUACACACCGGUGAGAUGGCACUGCGAGAUAUCCGUCGAAGGUGUUGGACCAAGUGCGGCUGGGCUGAUCUGGGCGAUGUCAACACUGGAGAACAAAGAGAUCGCAUGGAAAGCUUCUUCUUGGGAGAGACUGCCAAAUACCUCUACCUCCUUUUCAGCGAGGACCACCCGCUGAAUAAACUUGAUCGAGCCGUCGUUUUCACUACGGAGGGUCAUCCACUGGUCAUUCCAUCAAAAUAUGGGUCGCCAUCGGGCGGCAACGGUGCGACAAAGAGACCCGACAAGAAUCAUCCGAAGAACAACUCACCCGCACCAACAUGCUCCAUUCCGCUGCCUCCGAUGCCAUUCACUAUCAGCAAUGUGGUCAAUCGAAGCGACUUCUUUCAUGCUGCGGCAGUGGCUCAACUUCACAUGGUACCAAUCAAUCCCGUUCGCUCUUCCGCGCUUAUGAAAAGCUCGCCUCUUGGUCCCGGCAUAUCUCUUGCCGACGUCCGGAGUCCAACGAACUAUACAUUCUUUCCAUGGACACUUUCCAAAGACCUGAUCCCUAUCAACGGCCUCAGUUCUCCCGUUGCCGACCCGGUCAUCAGUACCCUUACAUUCCCAUUGCUGAGCUCUACCACCAACCCGGAGACGGAUAACGGUCUGCCUCGACUAGGCGCACUCCACAAACUGGCUGAUGGAAUCCUCAUCAACUCUCUCUCCAACCUGCGCCUAAACAUGAUCCAAGAACCGAAGUCCAUCCUGCUGCCCAUGAGUGACGGCUCCUCCCUUCUCCAUGAAGUUGGUGAAGAGUACCGCAUCCACGGCAUCGCAAAUUGGGCUCUCGGCCGAGACGAACGCGUUCUGCUGACAAGCGAUGCUCUGAAGGCCAUCAGUCCUGGUGAUCCGCAUUUCACUCGCGUAAAGGACCUCGAGAUGCUCGAUCUCAUCAUCGACAUCCCGCUUCCUGCUGGUCACCAAGCCACAGCGACUCCCAUCCUUGUUGACGUGGAUGACUCUUCUGACGCCGAGAACACCACUCUUGACAACAUGUGGGACGAGCUCGAAGGUAUGCUCUCAACUCUCCUCGGUUCGACGUCCGCCAUCGAGAGAGUCAAGACAAGCCUUCAGACCCCGCGUCCAACGUCUUCUCCAUCAUCUACGUCCCCACCUCAGCACUACAUUCGGCACAGCCUCCCCGCUAUUCUCCCCUCCGGACCAGGUGCUGCUCCUCUUCCCGCCAUCCUCGACGAAGACGCCGCUCCUGCUCAUCAGCUCGGCAAGCUCCCUUUGAAGAAGAUAUUCUGGCUCGACGAUCAACUCUGCGAGCAUCGCUUACCCUCCCACAUCGCCCAAUCAUACCAAGUGCUGGUGAUGAAGCGCGGUGGGUGUAGCUUCAACGAGAAGCUAGCGAAUGUCCCAGCUGUGUCGCCGCCUUCUAUCGCAGCUGGGAAUCGAGGCGAAGAUGUUGGCUUGGGAUUGGUGAUUGUGGUAUCGGAGCAUCCAGUACCCUCUCCUCAUGACGAAGACAAUGGAACGGGUCAGUCUGUACCCUCUCCGGGGUUGAUCAAGCCGUAUCUUGAAAAAACACAGCGGACACCAGCUGGUAUCGAACGCCACUAUCCUCUUGCGAUGGUCAUGGUCGAAGGCUCGACGCCGCUGAAGCCCAUCAGUGUCGCUGCGGGAGGACCGUCCAGCAGUCCUGCACGAGAAGUCCUGAGGCGAGCGAGCGCCGGUCAGGGGAAGUUCGAUGAGGAGACGGGCGAGUUUGUUGAUCAAUCUACAACUCACAAGGCCGGCGAGGCGGUGAAAGGUGGGUUGGGAGUGAAGAGGAGAUUCUGGUUUGAGAGUCUAGGUGUGGUGAUUGGGAACUUGGGGAUGAUUUGA